GGUUUCAGACUACGACGUGCGACUAGGCUCUUCCCACAUCCCUCCCCCCUGGUAUGGAGCAGAACGCUGGCUAGUCGUUUCAAGGGAUCCAGCCUCAGAAGCUUAGCGCUAUGCUCCUAGCGCGGAUGGAACCUCCCAUACUAAAUGAGCCCGGCUCUGGAAACGGGGUCACAAAACAAGUACUUUGCAGUGCAACAAGGCUACAACCGUCAUUCCGCGCCCUCGGAUCUUUUCCUUUCCGGAUUUCUUCCUGCCCAGACAAGAUCUGUCGUGUUUCAACCAUCGCUGAGUCCCCGCCAAUCACGACUGCAAAUCACAGUUCAUCAUGUCUUGAUGCGUAUGCGCGGUAUAAAACGUCGGGCCGCUUGACGACCAUUGCAUUCUUUCCUUGCUGCUUCCCUUUCUUCGCUGUUCUUUGGGGUUUCCUUCGUUCUCUUCUUUCUCUUCCCCCCCUUUUCCUCUCUUUAUUCCAUCGCGUUCUUGUCUUGACGACAGACGCCCGAUCUUCGCACAAUCCUAUUUCUUUUGUCGUGCAACUGCCUUUCAGGAUGAAAUCCGCUUUCCUGGCUGCACUCCUGGCGAUGGCCGCAGGAUCCGUGGUCGGUGCGCCCAUGGCGCGCGCGGGGAACGGGCGCCGGCUCGCGCCGACGACGCUCACGAGUCUGACGGCGAACGAUCUGCAGGCGCUCACGCCGUUCGUGCACUUCGCUGGGGCGACCUACUGUGGACCGGCGGACAAGCUGAUGAGCUGGACGUGCGGAGCUCCUUGCGCGGCGUUGCCGGGCUUCAAGCCGAGUCUCGCUGGUGGAAUGGGAAAUGCGGUCCAAUUCUACCCUCCCAACCCAGUCUUCGUCGGCUACUACCCGACUAGCAAGAGCAUCAUCGUCGCACACGAGGGCACGGACCCGCUCGCGCUCAAAUCCGAUCUGACGGACCUGAACGUGCUGAAGGGCUCCCUCAACGCGACGCUCUUCCCCGGCGCGCCUGCAGGGAUCGAGGUGCACAGCGGGUUCCGUGACGAACAUGCGAAGACGGCGGACGCGAUCCAGAGCGAGGUGAAGAAGCUCCUGGCUUCCACCGGGUCAACACAGGUUACGGUCGUGGGGCACAGCCUUGGUGGGGCGCUGAGUGUGUUGGAUUCGUUGUCCCUGCGGCUCAAUCUUCCGGACUCGGUGAACGUCAACUCGGUCACAUUUGGAACGCCUCGCGUGGGCGACGACGCGUUUGUUUCCUUCUUCGACUCCAAGGUCACAGACUUCAAACGGGUCAACAAUGAAAAUGACUUAGUCCCAAUCGUACCAGGGCGUUUCCUCGGUUUCUCGCACCCUAAAGGCGAAAUCCACAUUGUCGACGACUCGACUCAAAAGGUCGUCGCCUGCCCCGGCAACGACGACGCCACCGACGCAGAGUGCCAGAUCAAGUCCGUGCCCAAUAUCUUGUUCGGCAACAUCAUCGACCACCUGGGGCCGUACAACGGGAUAUUCCUCGGCACACCAUUUUGCUAAGGGUGUUGCUUGCCCACGAGGAGCGAAAGGAGACUGGAUCGAAUAGCCACCUAACACUUGAUGGCUGUGCUGUUCUUGGGAUAAUGCAUUCAACUUUUUUUUGGACAGCGGUCCGCUCUGGCCGCUUGAUAACAUUCUCACUCGGAAACCACACGAUUCAACCCUCCAGACGGAUUUCUCGUCGACCGUGUUUACCUGAGAAUAUGGAAAGAGCUCGUAAUAUGGUACUUUGCCCAUACCCACUAUAGUCCGGUCUCGUCCAUAUACAACACUCCUGCCACUUGACAUUCUCAUGUACCGCGGCUGCCAGUAUUCAUCGCGGAUUGACCAAGUGCAUUCAUGACAGAUCCCACUGCCUCAGUCAUAGCCGCUGUGCCCUUUGACCACGUCAAAUACAGGGCCGCCCUUUUUGUACAUCGCACGCAAAUCAUGGACAAGCGAA